CGUAGACCGUUAAGUCUGGUCUGGUCCAUGGUCUGUAUUAUUUUAUAUUUUGAUCUCUUGGUCUGGUCUGGUCUAGACCGCGGUUUACCGGACCAAACCGUUGAUCCAACCGACUUGUCAAUACGUGUCAACAUCCCAUUCGACCACUCUCCCAACUCCCAUAACGACACCCAAGUCUCAACCUUAGUUUUGUGAAUCUCGUCCCUCCUUCAUUCACAACCACAUUUAACCAGAGAGUAGAGAUAAUCGUGUCUCCAUAUAACAUUAUGGUGCAAGUUGAGAUGCUUUUACUUUGUAUCUUUGUUAUGUACUAAGAUUUCGGGUAUCAAAUUACUCAUAUGUUAGGAUUAAUGUUUUAAGGCAAAUAACAAUUAUUUUUCUUGGUUAUUGGUUCAAUUUUUUGUGUGGUUGACUAAACAAAUUAUUCAUUUUUUGUUAAGUGUGAUCUAUCUGUGCCAGAUCAAACCGAACCAGACCGUACAAACGUGAUUUGGACCAGACCGUAUAGUCUGUGAUCUGGUCUAUGUUCUAUACUUAAACCUCUAAAUCUAAACCACCGUUUCCCGGCCCUAGUUAUUAGUGAGGACCACACCCACGGCCACUGAUUUUCCUCAUAAUCUCCUUCCCCUUUCCAAGAAAAGGGCACCGUUUGAGAAAACUAAUCCGCCUUAACCCUUUUUAACAAGUAGCUUUGACCAUCGGAAUGCUAGCUAGCUAGUCGUUGCGACAGUUGGUAAACACACAAAUUACACAAAUAAAAUAAACUUAUUAUUACUAGAUUUUUGCGCCUAAUAUAACUUUUCCGGUGCCCAAAAAACAAAAGAACUGAAAAAACUGCAAACCACAAUUCCCCACAAGUAAUUUAUUAAAUUAAUCAAUUCCUCACCACCUCUUGAGUCAUGAGUGCCAUGCCAUUUUCCUGCCUCAUUUCUGCACCUGCAAGGAAGAGUUCUAACUUCUACAGAAACAAACGAAAAAAACUCUAUCCAUCCACCAGACAACCACUCCUCCUCCAUGGGGAAACAGCAAAUUACAAACCCUAUCCCCUGAAUUCAUACAUACUCUCUGCAGGUCAUGUUUUUUCACCACGGGGUCACAAGUUCGAUGUACGCACAUGUUUAAUACGACCCCAAUCGUAUCAGUAUCUGACAAAUACACGAGAAAUCCGUUUACAAUCCUAAUUACGAUCACAUAAAAAAAAAAAAAACUCUUCUCAGAACAACAAUCCAAUAGUCUGGAGGAAUUCAGCUUGUGAACACACCAUGCCCAGUUCACGUCGUUGCGCAUAGAAAUAUGCAUUUGAUUUAAAUUCGUCGACAUUCUUGUUUAUUUAUUUCUCGACCAACUUAAAAAAAAAAAAAAAGACCCUACAGCCAGCCUUCUCUCUGGCAGUGGGUGAUGACUUCUUCAAGCCUGUAUAUUUUAUUGAGCUAUAUACAGUUAGUAUGAACAAAUAUAUUAUGCAUAGGAUUUUUAAAAAAAAAGGGGAAACAAAUUAGAAUUCUGAAGCCUCACCUCCAUGCCUAUAAGUACACAGCUCCCAUUGUUACACCAAACCCUCAAAAAACAAAGAAAGCAGCUCCCUUUCCCCCCAGCAAGCCUUCUUUCACCAACCUGAACAAAGAAGAAGAAGAAAAUGGAGUGCAAGAAGUCCAACAAGAUCAGAGAAAUCGUCAGGCUGCAACAAAUCCUGAAGAAAUGGAGAAAGGUUGCCAACUCAUCCAAGCCCACCUCCAUCACCACCACCACCAUCACCGGUUCGCCUACAACCACCACCAACAGCAGCAGCGGCAGCAAGAGCAUAAAGUUCCUGAAGAGAACUCUGUCAUUGUCAGAGAGAAGCAGCAGCAGCAGCGACGAUGGCACAGUGCCGAAGGGUUACCUGGCGAUCAGCGUCGGGCUGGAGCAGAAGCGGUUCACGAUCCCGACGGAGUACCUGAGCCACCCUGCAUUCCACAUCCUGCUGAGGGAGGCAGAGGAGGAGUUCGGGUUCCAGCAGGCCGGGGUCCUGAGGAUCCCUUGCGAGGUCUCGGUGUUCGAGAGCGUGGUGAAGAUCGUCGAGGAGAAGAAAGGUGGUGCUGUCUACUUCACGCAGCAGCAGCAGGAUUGCAGGUUUGACUUUGAAGAUGGUGCAGCAGGAGGGUAUGGUUACUGUUCAUUGCCAGGGCAGCAGGGCAGUGCUCCGGCUCACCACCCUCAAAGCCCUAUGUGCAGAUGAUUUCUGUAUUGACAAUGUCAUUGUUUUUCACUUCUUCUUUUUUCCCCCCUUUUUUCUUGUGUGACCCUCGUUCCACUUUUUUCUUCUUGUUGGAUGAGGUCAUGUAAUUGGUAGAGAGAGAGACAGAUCCUGCGGGAGGUAGUUCAAUAACUUCGAUUCUUCAAUGUUUGAGAAAGAGAGAGAGAGAUGUCCUUGUAAGAGAUCACUGUUUCUUCCAAAUCUGCAGAAACAACCCAGAUAAAAUAUCCAUCUGUGAUUCACAUUUCUGUUUCUACUCCAAUUUUCUCCGGCGCAUGGAAAAGCACCACCGGUGACUGGUUGUUUGGCUCUAUCAAAGACUCAGUGGAGGUAACCAAACAGACAUGCAAUACUUUCCAGUAACUCUGUUACAAGCGGACGGCAAUACACAAAUGAUAGCCUGCGCCUUUUACUUUGACGUCAACAAUUAUCUAGUAAGAAAAAAUUAGCUUUACCCCUUCAAUAGAGGCUAAAAUCUGAACAAAGUUAAUCCAUCAAAGAUUCCUAGCAUUCAACAACCUGACUCAGCAUUUUUCAAACUACCAAGUCCAGAACCCUGAAAACCUAGGGAAACCCCAACCUCCCAAUUGUUAAAUCAUUCUUCAUCAGGAAUUCCUUGCCACCGACAGGCGACAGCUUCGUAACAAACCGACUUUAUCAAGUUACAAACAGUUUCAGGGUAUCUGAGACUGGGGAUGAUGAUGGGGUAAAUGCAAGAACAACCAACAUGAUAGAUGACACUGUGAACUAAUUCAAUAUAACCAGCCAGCCAUAUUCGGUCUGCAAAUCUAAAUAUCACAGCCGUUGGGUGCAUGCAUGACAAUCAACUAACGAUUAUGGAUCGCGAUCAAUCAACCGAUAAGGAUAUACAUCGUUAUGCCAACUCCCAUGAGCGUCGUAAACCCAAUUCUGAAAAUUUUGAACAAGUUCAGGAAAACUUUUUGGGUACGAAAUGCUGUGGAAAACACACGUUACUGCACUUGGAUAAAAAAACAUUUCUUAUUUAAGCUGGCCAAACAUUGGUACCAAUGAUAAGUGGUAUAACAGUACAGCAUCCUAUGCAAUUUGAAUACGGAAACCUGUACAGCAGCAGAUGCAUAAUUACAGCAGCUAGCUUAGCUAGCUUAGUGCACAAACCAAGUCGUGCAUAAAAUACUCAUCCAUUUGCAGAGCAUUCACAUGUAUAAUCCACAUGGUGAGACCAGGAAAUGGCACGCCAAAUCCCCUCUUAUGGUCCUCACCAUGAGAGGCCCAAAAUGAAAGAAAGAAAGAAGUCUGUAGGACUCCAUAUGACUUUCUUCUUGGGCAAAAUAAUAAUAACAAUGCUAAUAAUGAGACUUGUACUACAAGGGGAAAUGAUAAUGAGAUCCAUUAAAAAAGGGGAACUCACAUGUUAUCAUUUCAAUACACACCAUUUCUCCUGACAAAUCUCGAUGCCCUUAUCGGUGCCACAACCCGAAAUCAAUCAUCAUGCCAAAUGGGAAAUUAAAUAUCCUGAUAAUAUAUGAUUAUUAAUAAACCAGACUUGCAGUCACAGAAAACUAAAUUCAUGCCAGAGCUGUACAUACCAACUUCUGAUACAGAAUUGACUAACAGCUAAUGGAGACAAAUUUAAUUAGCAUUGUUCACCAAAAUCCAAAAGGUUAGCAUAUAUAUUGUUUAGUGAUCAUUAGAUGAACAUCCUCGUCGGUCAAUGGCAUAACAAGAAGGGCAGGGAAAAGUAGAGUCAAAUGAUUCAUACAUUAGAUUUAUUUUGAGAUGUUCGAUUAAAUUGGAACGAUAUAAAGAAGAUUCGCAUGGUCCUGCAUAAGGAAUACACCGCAUAAAUCGGC